CCAAUCAACGUUUAGGCUGAAGCUUCGUUAGGUUUCCGGAGUGUUUUCCUUUUCUGAUCUCUGUGUCCGAUAAUAUUUGAAGGCAAGGUUGGAUAGUUUUACUUCAUUCUGAAACCCAUCAUGCCAAAGGGACGUGGUAGAAAAGACAGCGACAGCGAUGUGGCAUCCGAAGAGCAAUCGACUGUGGGGACUUUCGAAACGCUUCGUGAUGAGGGAGAACAUUUUGUGCACGUCAAGCAGUACCAGAAAGCUAUCGAAAGCUUCUCUAAGGCAUUGGAAAUGAAACCUGGAGACAAAACAUGUCUUGUCACACGGUCCAAGUGCUAUCUGAUGCUGGGUAACUCACAAGCAGCACUGGCUGAUGCCGAAGCAGCUCUUGAUCAAGAUGAGGAGGGCAAGAAAGACAUUAGGGAAAGAUUGGAAGAUCAAUGGCUGGCAUUGUGCAUGAAAGCUGAAGCUUUGUACCAGAAAGGUGAUUUUGAAACUGCCCUAGUUUACUACCAUCGAGGAAACAAACUGAGGCCAGAGCUUCAGGAAUUCCGUCUUGGCAUUCAGAAAUCUCAGGAGGCUAUCAACAACAGCAUUGGAACACCUGAUGCUGUUAACCUGGAAGCAUCUGGUGACCUCUCAUUCUUUUUCAAACAAGAAGAGAAACAGAAACAGCAACAGCAGAAAGGCUACAGCAAGCCACAGACCCAGAAGAGGGAAGAGAAGAAGGAACGUGGCAAGCCGCAAGGGACAGGUUCUUCCAAGACCACCAAAGAACUCUUGGGAGAACUUUACAAAGACAGAGCUUACCUAGAUAAACUAUAUGACAGUCUGGUUUCUAACAACACAGAUACCGAUGAGUAUAUCAAAGGACGUGCAGUUGAUGGCUUGGAGUAUCUAAACACCCGAGCAGACUUUUGGCGACAGCAAAAACCCAUGUAUGCUCGUAAGCGUGACCGUCAGAGGAAACAAAUGAAGAAUGGGAAGGAAAAUGAUCCCAUGGAGUACAUCCUUGAGCAGCUAGAGGAGAUUGAUGAAGCACAAGCUAAAGGUGAGUAUGAAAAGAGCUUGAAGAAGUCUCAGAACACGUUAAAGAAAAUAGACAGCUGGGGAAAUGACCGUGUCAAGAACAAACCAGCAUUAGUGGCCAACCUCUACAGCUGCAUGGGAAAUGCAAACCUUGAGCUGGGCAAGUUCAAAGAAGCUUUAGAGCAUCACAAGAAGGAUUUGUCCAUUGGCGAGGAUGAAAAUAUAGAAGAAGCAGUUUCAAGAGCUCUUGAUAAUCUUGGUCGAACAAAAGCAAGGAUGGGCAAAUAUGAGGAUGCCAUAGAAAUAUGGGAAAAGAAAGUUCCUAAGAGCAAGUCCGCUUUAGAACGUACCUGGCUUUACCAUGAAAUUGGCCGUUGCUAUCUGGAACUAGGCCGCUAUGGUGAUGCAAAAGAUUAUGGGGAGAAAUCGUUCUCUGCAGCCAAAGAAGCUGAUGAUCAUGGCUGGCAGCUUCAUGCUUCAGUGUUAGUGGCCCAGGCAGAAGUGAAGUGCGAGAAACUUGAGGCAGCUGUUGAUUCAUUUGAACGAGCAAAAGAAAUUGCAGAGGAACUCAAGGAUCAUUCUGCUGAAAUGGCCAUCAAGAAAGCACUGGAAGAGGUGAAAAGCCGUAUUGUCGAGGGUGAAAGAUCUAAGACCAAAGUUGAUGAUGAUGCAGAUGAUGAUGAUAGGCGAUCAAUUAAGUCGGAUGGCUCAGGAGGAUCACAAAAAAGAGGACAAGAACUAAAGAAGGGAGAUGAGGACAGGGAUGGAGAUCCAGGGGAGAAAGAUGCAAAAGACAAGGCAAAUGAAGAAAUGAGAGAUAAUAAAAAUGAGGAAGACAGCAUCGUCCACUCUUCACCUUUUGGGGAUGCAGGAUUCUUCAGCCUUGUUCUCAGCUACAUGGUCAGCGACACAGUUGAUGAAACUGCCAAUAAGGCCGACGAUGGCUUUUCAAAUGAACAGGAACAGUCGUUAACCGUAGCUCAAGAUCCUCAUAAAGGCUCCAUUGUUUUGAGAUCUUCUGGCGAUAGAAAUGUAUCAGAUAGUAGCGAUGAUAGUUUCGCAGGAACUUCCAGCAGCUCCUCCGUGAGCUCUGGCUAUCAGGAGAGGAACGUCAAGUGUUGGCCCUUCCCGGUUCCAUUAGUAGAUGUGGACUCUUCAGACCACUGGCAUAACAUUCAGCGUUAUCACUCCAGUCUUCUGAAUGGCAGUCGUGGGGCUUUCAAGAAAACUUCUUGCCCAGUGACAGAAAAUAAACUACAUGGUGACAACAUCGUGAUGGAGUGGGUCAACCAUAUGGGCUGCAGCAAGUCUAGGUCAUCCUCCGAGAUGGAUAAAGACAACGCCCUCAUGUCGUCCACCGCCAUGGCACUUGGCCUCCAAUCUGCAAAUCGGAUUUCAAUGAACCUCGUUUCCUCUACGCCGUCCCAUUCAGAGAGGCAAAACUAUGCCAGCGGCCGCGUGCCGAAUUCUGCCACAUGUCCGACAGGCACACGUGAAAACGAAGAGCUAACCCCAAGCGAGGUGAUCUCCUCCGAAAGCAUAGUGUCUACUUCCCGAAGCCAUGGGUGUCUACUGCGGAAACAGAGGGCCGCAAGUCUCAGCAGCAGACACAGCAACACCCGGGUCAACCGGCGCAACUCCAACAAGGGGGGCGUUCGCAGCGCGGGUUCCCACUUACCGUCGAAAACCCGCUAGCGCAGAAACAGAACUUGACCUAUUGGCCACAUCAUGGCGAAAUGAAAACUUCAUCCUCGCCUCCUGUAAGGAUGUACCUGGUUCCCAGAGUGCCCACUUUCUUGGACCUGGUACGGCUGUACGACCCCAUGACCUACAACAUGUGGAGAGACGCCAUCACCAAGAAGGAAGCUCGGCGACGACACCGCGACAGGAGGAGCCUGCGUCCAGAUGAGAGGAGCUUCGCAGGCAGAGCCCUGGCUGGAGACGACGGCGACGUUUACGACAGCAAGGCAGGGCAGUGGGAGCUGCCCCUGUUGACCCAACCGGCCUCGGGCAUUGUCCGUGGCAAGCAGGUCGGGCGAGGACCCGCCAGGCGGCCUCCCAAGCGAAGCGGUGGCGCAAGGAGGAGAAGCGGAUGGCUGCCGGCACUGCCGAAAGAAGUGCUGAACAUCCUGCAGACGCCCCCGCCGAGAAGGCGAUGCUCAGUCUUGGGACAGGGACGCGAAGGCAGAGCAGAGGUCAAAGACGAACUUAGUGUUAGUUCGGCCUGAGACUUGCCACAUGAUGAUGUCGACCUUACGGUGACUGAAACCUGAAGUUGAUGGGAAAAAUGAGGGGAAGAAAGGGGAGGGAGAGGACUCAUAAACACACGUGCGCGCGUAAUAUAUAUAUAAAAACGCGCGCAUGCAUGCAUACAUUCACACUCGCACCUUAAGUGUUAGUCUGUUUAUGACGGAAAAUCGAUCCUUUCUGUGGAUUAUACUCCGAUAUACUCUAACGGGUUUCGACUUCAGCUGCACAAACUGUUCUUUUAGUCUAUGAGGUAUUUUCUAUAAACUUCGACUAUACUAACUUGAGACGGGGAUAAACUCAUACGAAAAUUCGCACAUUUUCUAUGUUAUAGACUUUUUCUACUUUUAUACAUUUGUGAUAAAAGACAACUUUUGUUCACUUUUAAAUGUCAUUCGUGAUAAUGGAGCGUUUGACAGGACCACGCCAUAUUUUUCAGGUGCUGAAAAUAAAUUAUUGGUUGUUUGAUAAAA